AUGGCAAUGGUGCACUGUAAGUAUAUUAUGGUCAACACCAACAAUAUGAAGCUUGUUCUUGACAUCAGUGCCAAAAUUAAGUUGAACUAUUUCAGUCUGAUUAAUGCAUCUGAUUGUCCUGCCCCUGCUGUCAUCACCUGCCAUCUGUGUGCUGCUCCUGCCCCACCAACUACCACUGCUGCUGCUCUACCACCACUGCCACUACCUAUCAUCACCUUCCUGCCUCUCCCUGGCACUGUCAGGGUCUCCACCUGUCAAAUGGUGGGUAUUAGAGCCUCUGUCCAGUUCACAAAGCUGGUUCUGGAGGAGCAGGAGGAGCAGGAGAAGGAGAAGAAGAAGAAGAAGGAGAAGAAGAACAAUGAUGAUGAUGAAGAUGAUAAUGAUGAUGAUUAA